AUGGAACUCUUUGCUCCGCGUUGUGUGGCCUCCGUGGCCAUUGCCGCCCCUCAAUAUAGCUAUGGCGCUUCUCGUGCUGCAUCCAGCGAGGAGGUCGAGUUCGUUCCAAUCCUCAAAGACGACCGCUGGAACUUACAACUUCGACUUCGAAGCUGCCAACGCAUCAGCUUCUCCCAGUCUGGAUCCCCUGACGGCGACGAGGACAUUGUGAUCAAGGCUGGAGAAUAUUCUUUUACCACUGCUCCUGAUGACACUGAAAUCCACCUUACCUUCGCCGAGGAGGACCGCAACCGCAGCAACGGCUCUGACGAAGUUUGCAGCUGA